AUGAUGCAGAUUAUACCGCUGUCGCCUCUCUCCUCUGGUCCUCACCUAGCGGGGGAGGAGCGGGCCCUAUCGCGAAUGGCAGCAGGGGGUGGCUGGUCUCGAAGCGGGGGAGGAGCGGGCCCUAUUGCGAAUGGCAACAGGGGGUGGUUGGUGUCGAGUGUGACUGGCAGGGAGAGGGAGUGCGGGCGGGAGAUUGUGAACGUGCUUGAUGAGUGGUGUGACAAGCUGGAGGCCUGCAAGGCGCAGGGGGAGGGGGAGGGGGGGGGGGAGGCAGCGACUGGAGAAGGUGCAUCUGUGGGGAAGGCGAAGGGAGGGUCGUCCAUUGAUGCCCUGCUGGCGAAUGAAGUGGCUGCACUCAAGAAGCAGCCUCGGUUCGUGAGUGUGGAGUCUGGGUGCAAGGCGCUGCUGUUCGUGAGGAUUAGAGAGGAUGCCAGGAAGGGGGGGAAGGGAGAGCAUGACGAGAAGGGUGAGAAGGGAGGAAAGCAGUUGGAGGAGGGAGAGGAGAAGGAGGUGGAGGGUGAGAAAGAGGAGGCGGGGAAGAAGGUGGAAGGUGGAAAGGAGGAGCAGAAGGGUGAAGGAGAGAAGGAGGCGAAGGAGGGAGAUAAGGGCGGGGAAAAGGAGCAGGAGAAAGAGCAGGAGGAAGGGGUUACAGGAGGAGGAGAGAAGGUACCAGAGAAGGAGGGACAGGGAGGGGAGGGGGAGAAAGGGGAGGCGGGGGGAGAACAGGGAAGGGUGUCGCCGUGUGAGUUGGCAGAGGCGGUGCUGCGGCAUGCCAAGGCCACCCAGCAGUCAGCCACUCGGGGCAACCACGUCGCACGCCUCCCAGAAGGAACAACCCUGCAGAGCCACUCAGACUCCUCCCUCGCCCUUGUGUACCUUGAUUCAAAUUCCCCCACCUCCGCCGGCUGCUGCCAGUGGAAGCCAUGUCUCAAACCUCCCAGGAGGAGCAACCCUGCACUGCAGGACCACUCAGCCUCCCCUCCCUUCUCCCCCGUGCUCCCAUUCACCUACCAAUCUUCACCUCCACCUGCUGUCAGUGGAAGUCACGUCUCAUGCCUCCCAGGAGGAGCAACCCUGCAGAGCCACCCACUCAGAAUCCUCUCCCUUCUCCCCUGCCCUCCACUCAACUUUCCAGCUUCAUCCUCCGUCUGCAGCAAGUGA